UUCUUUGAAAAAUAACUCCAAUAGUACUCCACUUCGCAAUGAAUCUUUUUCAAUCCCCUUCUUUUGUUUUCUUCUAUUAGAAACUCCUUCGUUCUAUGCUUCUCUUUUCUACAAUUCGCGUCGCCGACGAGUCGACCACCAGGGCUGACUUCUCCACCGCCUUUAUCUGCUCCACUACGGCACUACUUUCGCUGUUGUACUCGAGGCUUCCACCAAAAUCUACACCUUUAUUAUGUCGCAUCUCUUUCAAAAGGAAACCCUAAUUAUACGAAAAGGUCUAUAGAGUCUUCCUCACUCAUACAUAUCUUUCCAAGCUUCUCGUCGUCACCGGCAUCAUCAUCAGUUAUUCGAAGACUUCCAUCGCCAAAGCUGUUCGUUUUCUUAACCGUAAUUCUUAUUCAAUUGUCAAUUUUUUCUCCUAAAUAUGCGAAUAAUAGUUUGAUUUGCUUUUUUUUUUGUUUCAUUUGGUGUAUUUUGCUCAAAAUUCAUACGGUUUUCAAUGUGAAUCAGGGAUUCGUGUGCAAUUUGUUUGGUUCUUGUUCUGGAGUUAGUUUUUUGUGCUCGUUUCAACUGAAAGAAUUUGAUAUGAAUUCUAGAUUUCUAGCUUGUUUGAAGAGUUGCAGGAGACAGUAACGUAAUCUUAGUUCCCCAUAAACUUUGAAGCACAUAUAUCUUAUGAAAGAAAAAAUUUACGGAACACUUUCUGUUCCAGGUACGGUAAUGUAAUUGAUUUCCAGUUUAAAGUUUUAAACUGAUAUCACAUCAGGUAUGCUGAAUCUGUUAUUUUCUCUUCAUUUAUUUUAAUAAAUAAUUCUAUAAAUUUAUGAUAUUGAGUUUGUAGCAUUCAUUUUCAUAGUUUGCCUCUAGCUUUUUUAAGACUACAGUUUCGCUGCAUCAACCUAGUUUAUGAAGCACUGUGUUCCUAGAUCUUUAGGCCUAAAAGGCUAAAAAGGCACCACUCCCUGCAUAUGAACUUCAAUUCAUAUAUAGGUUUGGUUCUAGCUUCAUUAAAAAUCGGUACGUUAUGAGUGCAAUGCUUGUAGAAGGUUAUAUAUUCUCUUUAUAAGUUUUAUGGCUGCUUGAUUGUAGAUACAAUUAUGUCUCUUAUUUCUACUCAAGGGUAUUUGAGUAUGAUGGGAAACAAAGAAAAGUAGUUUGGGGACAAUUGUAACAAGGGCUCAAGAUAAAGGCAUUUCACUACAACAGAUUUACAAUUUGACUAAUUCAUCAUUUACUUGAAUGCUUAUGAUGAUCACUUUUUGAACAGUUGGAGAGACCACUGAGGUUGGAAACUUUGACCCCCGAGAUUGCUACAUUCUGGAUAGAUGCUGGUAUACAUAAAUAAUAUCCUUAGUCUUCCUUCCUGGUUGUUUUUAUUCACGUCUCAGACUCUCAGGUCAAUUUUACUUGAGCACUACUAACAAGCUGUGGUCCAAUUUCUCCAAGAGGGAGUGUUGACACCAAGGUAUGUACUUUUCAGUCCCAUGCCUCUCAUAUGUUAAAUUAUCUACUCCAUAUUUGUUUAUUAGAUUUCUUGAACUCGAACUAAACCUCCAUGAAUGAGAAAAACUUCAUUGAAACAAAGCUAACGGAAGCAGUAAAGCACAUACUGAUUUUUGCCGUAAUCACCCUACUUCACUGGUGGCUCAGGUCCCUAAAGAACUAAUACAGUAAUAGGAGAGAGUCUUACAGAGAUUUUUUUUCUAACAACUGAAUGAAUGAGUAGAAAAAUACAGUAGUGAAACUAUUUAUACUACAACUUUAUUACAAUCCUUAUGAUGAUCUGAUUGGCUAAUGAUACUGAUGCUGUGCUGUAUUGGCUCCAAUUAUGUGGCAACUUCUGAUUGCUUCAGAAGAGAGCAAUCAGAAGAGCUUUCCAGCUUGGCAAGGGAGCUGAGUGACUUCUCACAGUACUUGUGGCUUGAUAAAACACGUCGAAAACCUUUGCUUCAAACUGUGGAGAAAAUGAAAGAAGAGUUGAUGCUUCUCGGCUUCAUAUCUCUUCUUCUAACAGCAACCUCAAGCAUAAUCUCCAACAUUUGCAUUUCUUCUAAGUUCUUUGGUGGAAUAUUUUCCCUGUGUUCUGAAUCUGAAGUCCAUGAAGCAACUGAAGAAGAUAAUCCAUCCGAAGGGCGUAAACUUUGGACAUCAACUCCUCAAACCUUCAGGAGACUGAUGAGUUCCCUUCAUCAAAAUACAUGUCUUGAGGGUAAAGAACCAUUUGUAUCAUAUGAAGGCCUUGAGCAGUUGCACCGAUUUAUCUUCAUCAUGGCAGUGACACAUGUAUCUUAUAGCUGUUUAACAAUGUUGCUUGCAAUUGUGAAGGUUGGACUUUUUUUGACUUACAGUUUAUUGUUAGUUUUGAAUGAAACAGAGUAUAAGCACCUUAUAGACAUUACAAUCGUGAAUGUCAGUCAUCUUAGUUUGUCUCUGCAGAGUAGGGAGUGCUUCCUGGGAAGUGCUGGAUAACUUUCUCAUUCUCAUCCCACUGUGAUUUAGUGCAGUUUAGGCAUUUGGAACUGAAUAAUUUUGUUAUUUCCUACAAUGAAAGAAGAGGCUGUCUUACCCAGCUCUACCCACAGGAUUAUUGCAUGUAUAGUAGUAGGCUUUGUAUUGCUGAGGCAUAUGUCUAAUACUCUGUUCUACUAAAUGUCAAAAUACUUACUAUUAGUGAGAACCAAUCUCUAAGUUAUCUUUAAGCUUGUACAAAAGUUAGAAAAAGCUACCCUCGCCCCAGUCCCACAACUAUUAUUGACUUCUCCCCUACUUUGCCUGCUGAAAAUUUUAUUGCCAGAUACAUAGCUGGAGAAAAUGGGAGGAUCAAGCUCAUUUGGAUCGGCAUGAUGCACUCACAG